AUGGCACCAGACGCAUUAACGCAAUUCAUGAGUUUGCUCAAGCUUCGUCUAGUUGCUAGAGUCGAUCAGCUACGCAAACGUCGAGUGAGUCUUUUCGGCUCUCCAUCACAGCAAGCGACGACCAGCAUUUCAGGGGACCGCGCACUGCGGGAUAGCUUUCUAGACAACGAAGCCGCAAUGAGAAGCUAUGCCGACGAAGUCAAUCUCGAGCGUGUCCGAAACUUGAGCUCGGAAGACCGACAAGCGCUUGCUCGCAAGCGGUCCAGUACAAUAAGCUGCGGGGACCAGGACCGACACACGAUACCAAACAUGUCACUAUGUCGGUCUCCUCUCGAGCGCCGAAGUCUGUGA